UUGAAUCGCUACUCGGUUGGCACAGUUGUGCACAUUCAGUAUUUGACUGGCAACAACAACGGACGCUAAAAUCAAACAGAACCCAAAGCCGAAACCAAAAAAAAAAAAUAAACAAAACGAAUUUUCGAUCCCUUUUCAAUUUUCUGUCGAAAGUUCUUUCGGUUUAAAUGAUUUCAACACGUCUGUCGAUUGUUGUGAAAUAACAGAAGAAGAAACAAAUCAAAACGCUACAUUAAUGGAAUAAAGAAGAAUCAACCACUCAUAAAUAAUGCACCAAAGUUUGGAAUUCGUACAUUAAAAUACAGUGGGAAAUUUUUUAGAAAAAUUUCAUUUGUUUUUGCGAAAAAAAUCAUCGAUUCUAUAUCGACUCAAGUCAUAUCCACUGGAUUAGAAUAAACUUUUUGAAUUUGAUUGUGUCCUUUUUUUUCAUUUUAACUGAGAGCGAAGAAAGAAAAACCGACGAUUGGAAAUUUCGGAUUAAGUGUGAAAUUCAAUACCAAUACCAAGUGACAAUAAUUCAUGGAAAGCAGAUCGCUGGUCGAUCAUAUCCAUCGAUAACUCAGAGUACAAUAACGCCUGACAUUGCACCAGGUGAAACUUAAGGCAGUACCGAAUUUUGAUAACGUCCAAAUUGCUGUGUUUUUGAUCAAAGAAAAGUAAAGCAGAAGAAAAUUACGAAAACGGAAACGCGGGGAAUUCAGUCAACGUAGCGCGUCUGCACAUCGACCUCAAAAUGAGCUUGCAUCAUAUUCAAAAUGGGAAGACGCCACUCGCGUCAACGAAGUUUAAGCCCGUUAUUACGAACGGUGAACGGAAAGGCCUAUCAAGAUCUGAACUAUCGAGUAUCGUAUUUACUAAUUACAAGCUCGAGAUGAAUGAUGUACAAACGGUGACUGGGUCAACGUUGGGUUCAACUUUUCCUUUGGUCAAAUUGCCGCGUGAUGAAGAGUCAUGCGAUUACAAUCCUUUCCAUCAUCGAAAGGUGUCACAUCCAACAACUGAUGGUGAGACAUUGAUCCAUUUAUUGAAGGGAUCAUUGGGUUCGGGAAUCUUGUCAAUGCCAUUGGCAUUCGCAAAUGGUGGACUGUGGUUUGGACUUGUGUCAACCUUUUUAGUUGGUAUCAUUUGUACAUACUGUGUGCAUAUUCUGGUGAAAUGUUCACAUAUAUUGUGUCGUCGUGCUCAAGUGCCAUCGUUAGCGUUUGCUGAUAUUGCUGAGACUGCAUUUUUGGCUGGUCCACCUGAGUUGCACAAAUGGUCACGCUUCGCCCGUUUCAUAAUCAAUGCAUUUCUGGUGGUCGACUUAAUUGGCUGUUGCUGUGUAUACAAUGCAUUCGUUGCAACGAAUGUCAAACAGGUGGUCGAACAAUACUAUCCGGAAUUUAUAAUGGAUCAACGAUUGUAUAUACUGUGUCUGUUACCGUUAUUGCUUCCAAUCAAUAUGAUUCGAAAUCUCAAGCAUUUAGCACCAUUUUCAGUGGUGGCAAAUUUACUGAUGGCCAUCGGCGUUACAAUUACCAUGUAUUAUAUAUUCCGGGACCUACCAUCGGUUACCGAACGGCCAGCCAUUGCUGAAUGGCAUAAAUUGCCCAUGUUCUUUGGCACGGUGAUUUUUGCACUUGAAGGAAUCGGUGUGGUUAUGUCAUUGGAGAAUAACAUGAAAAAUCCAUCACAUUUCCUUGGAUGCCCUGGUGUACUUAACUUUGGUAUGGCGUUCGUUGUCAUUUUGUAUGCUUCCGUUGGAUUUUUGGGCUAUUUGAAGUAUGGCGAUUCGACUUCCGUUAGUAUCACACUGGAUUUACCGGUGGAUGAAUUGCUUGCUCAAUCCGUCAAGUUGGCCAUUGCGGUUGCUAUUUUCUUCACCUAUGCACUGCAAUUCUACGUGCCAAUGGAGAUUAUCUGGAAGAAUGUACGUGGCCAUUUCUCGGAAAGCAAUAAAAACUGGGCCGAAUACGCGAUACGGGCUGUAUUGGUGCUUGGAACGGUGGCAACAACCGUUGCCAUACCAAAUAUUGGCCCAUUCAUUUCGUUGAUUGGUGCCGUAUGUCUAAGCACAUUGGGUCUAAUGUUCCCAUCAAUCAUCGAAAUUAUCACAUACUACGAACGGCCCGGCUACGGUAAAUUCAAUUGGGUCCUAUGGAAAAACAUUCUGCUGAUAUGCUUCGGUAUCACCGGUUUUCUCACCGGCACCUAUGUUAGUUUACACGAAAUUUAUGAUGAAAUUUUUAAGAAAGUGUGAUUCAUUUUGCCAUUGUAUUCAUAAAUAUACAUACACACCUAUAUAUAUAUAUAUAUAUAUAUAUUAUAUAUCAUCAAUCGAUACAGAGAGAAUAGAGCGGACGCAAAGACAAAUGUUCAAAGCACUAGUUUUUAGUAUUGAAAAUGCUAAUCAAUUCAUUUUUUUUUUCUUAGAUUUUAACUUUGAAAACAAACAAACAAAAAAUGAGAGAAAUUAACCACAAAAAACACAUACACACAUGAUGAUGAUGACCAUUAUUCUUCAUUUUAAUGAUUCCUAAUUGUAAAUCAAACUGUAUUUUACAAAUGUUCGAUUUUGUUUGUUUAUUAUUUAGAAUUUAGUGCAAAAUCAAACGACGGCCUGUCCGCACACAGCAUUUGAUUGACAAAUGAAUAGAAAAGAUAAAUUGAACGACAAAAGAAGUGAAACAACACCAUCAAUUUAGAGACAAUUUAUCGAAUUUGUACACACAUUUUCUGUAGUUAGCGUUUUCGUUUGGAUUGAAUAUGCACAAUUUGUGAGCUUUUAUUGAUAGGCGAUUAAAUGGAAAGCAAAUGACUGUGUCAUUUCUAUUUCAAUUAAACGUGCUCAAAAUUAAAUGAACAGAAAUAAUAAUAAUAAAAAAAUCAACAUUAAAUUUAGUAUUUUUAAAAUCUAUAUUUAGUAUAACAUUUCAUUAGGGAUUAGAUUCCUUAGGUCGUGUCUAAUAAAUUGAAUGAAAAAACAACAACAAAAGUUAGUUUGACGCAUGAGCUAGAUUUGCUUGCAAUUUGACUUAGGUGAUGAAUAUUUAAAUAAAUUCACACAAAUUCUUGCCGAUUGAUGUUAUCAUCAUUAUGAAACACAAUAUUUCGGAUGCGAUAAAACAAAAUUCACCAUAAAAUCAUUUCAGAUGCAAAUAGUUACGAUAAUUUAUCAAAGAAUUACGAAAUUUAUGAACAAAAAUAGUUCCAUAUCAAAAUUGUAUGUCAAUCAAAUUGGCAAGUCUUUCAUAGACUUUGCAAAAGGACUAAUUUACACAGACACACAGGCAACCCAAUUACAAUAGAACCAAAGUUUAUGCAACUAAUAAAAGCUAAAGCAACUUAAAGUGAUUUAUAACAGAUCAAUUUUUAUCUAGAUGGUAAUUAAAGAAAAAGAAUAAACAACAAAAGAUUAGAACAAUUAAGUAACACACUGAAGCUAUAACACACAAUUAGUCUAUUUUGUGAAUGCAAUUUGUUUUUUGUUGUUGUUGUGUUUUUAUCCGAUACAACUGUUUCAAUUUUUACCGUUCAAAUGCCAUAGGCGCAUACAUAGUGUGCAUUAUACACAAGUCAAACAAUAGAAGAAUGUUUUUUUUUCUUUUUUCCUCUUGAAUUUGCACUAAAUGAAACCAAGCAAACAUAGCACAUCCGAAUUAAUGUCAAUUCUUUUUUCAACAUACAUAUACACACAGGUCCAAAAUGUGGUUUCAAUCGAUUAGAAAAUAAAACUGUGAGAAUUAGUGAAAUGAACCGUUGUGAUACUAUUCCAAAUGAAUCAAUUAAAUUAGUGAAUAUGCCAGAUAUUUGUAUCGGGUCUGAGAUAACAGCGAACAUCAAUUGAGUUAUCCGCGGAUAUUUUUUUGAGAAAGAGAGAGAAAAAGAGAUCCGACUUUGUUAAAUAAAUACAUAAGGAAAAAAUAUUAGCUCCGCUUACCUCUGUACCACACAUAAUUUCUUCGUUUUUUUUUUUAAAUUUAGUUUUUAGAACAUUUUUAUCGUUUAAUUAAAAUGAAAAAAAGAAAAAAAAAACAUUGCAAUUUUUUUGUGCCAAUUCUAUAGCUGUUUUCCUCUGAUGAGCGUACGGAUAUAUGUGUGCCUUAGCUAAGUCCAAAUUCAAUUAUUAAUUUUUUAUUUUUCAACAAUUGUUGAUUUUUCUUCCUUUUUUUUCAAAUGAAAAUUCGGGGUAUUUAAAAAACGCAAAUGAAUUUAUUUCCUUUGAUUGAUUUGAAAUGGAGAAAAGAACCAAUUGCAAAGCAUAUGUACAAUGGAUGAGAACAAAUCCAAGAAAAACACACACAAAAUAUUGAAUAUUGUAUGAACAUGUUUUCGAACAUGGAAUCGGAAACUGGAUGAUAAAUUUCGAUUAGAAUCGAAUAAUUCAAACUUUCAUUGUGAUUUUACUACUCAAGUUCGAAUCGAAACAGGUUUCUUUUUAGAUAGACAUUGUUUUUGUCGUGUCAUAAGAAUAUAUCAAAUUGUAUUGUUUUUUUUUACGAUAAAUCAUUUUUAUUUUGGAGUCAUUUUCAAAGUAACGAUGUGAAUCAACCCGCAAACAAGUGCCUUAACACUCUCUCACAUACACACAAACGGAAAAAUACAAACAAUCUCUGUUUUUUUCUUUCUAUUUAACAAUUUCAAUCCCCAGAACAAACGAAUUUUUAUUUCUCAUUCUGGACAUUGUUCUUUAUUUGAAAAUUUGCCAAUGGAUGCAUUGCAUGCUCAAUAAAUUGUAUCAAGACCGCGAGGAAUUUAUUGUGAAUAUUUUUAUUUUUUUGUUUUUUCUUGUGGAAUUAUUAAAAUCAAUAAAUUAUAUGUAAGAUCCAGACAUUGUGUACAAUUGCAUUGAUUUGAACAAACCAACAAACACAAAAAAAAAAAACAAUAAAAAUUUGAAUAAUAUGAAAAA